GUCGAGUUAUCCUAUUUCAAACACUAUUAUGUAUAGGAAAUCAAAACUUUAUAAUAUAUAACUAUUUGUUCGAACUGUCUUUUAUUUUCGUAAAGAUAAUGCAUCCAUGGAACUGUUGCAGAACUUGUUUAUCUACUGAAAACUUACAUCCCAUUUUUACAGUUUACGAAAACAAUGAAAAAUUAAUUGAUACCAUCUGCUUUGCAACUGGAACUAAGGUAAUACUGGAACUAUGUAUUAAUUAAAACUCCUAAUUAACUAUUUCUAUUUAUUGUACAAAGUUGUUUUUAAUCCCAUAGUUGCGAUAGUCUAUAUCUCAAUAAUAUCCCAUUUACUACCGCAGAUUGAACAGUACGACAACUUUUCGCAAGUAAUGUGUACGAGUUGCCUUAACUUCAUAAAAGAGAUAAAUAAAUUUUGUAAAAAUGCAGAAAAUGCUCAUAAAAGGAUGUUUGAAAGGCUAGAAAAGGGUGAAUUUAAAGAUAUAAAGCCAGAUUUAUUAAAAAUUAAGACUGAAAAUGACAUACCAACUUUAGACAAUUUUCAAGAUAUACAUACUGAUUACAACGAUGAUGAUGAUGAUAUACCCCUACACAAUCUCCAAUACGACAAAAGUUUAGAAACAGGCAAAGAUAAAGCUGAUGAAUUUGAAAAUACAGUGAAAGUUGUAGCACAUGAACAGGAUGUAAUAUUUAAAUGUGAACGUAAAAAGAACUUGUUAAAGAAACCAGUGAAAACUAAAGUUAGGAGCAAGAAAGAAAACUCAGACAGACUGAAAAACUGUAAGGAUAAGAAAGAUAUCAAAGUGGCUAUUGAAUGUGAAUAUUGUCAUAAAACUCUAACAUCUAAAUUGUCUUUGAGAAACCAUUAUAAAAUACACACAGGUUUUGAUUUUGUUUGUGAGCAUUGUGGUAAGAAGUUCAUUACACGGAGGCUGUUGCUGAUGCACUGUAGAGCCAAACAUGGCUACGAGAAGACUGAUAAAUGUUCAUACUGUGAUUACAGAGCAUCAAAUGCAGAGCAAGUUAAGAUACACGAACGCUUGCAUACCGGAGAGAAGCCUUAUGUUUGCUCAGAAUGCGGCGCCGGCUUCCACCGAAAGAGUAGCUACCUCCAGCACGUGGCCAUACACCUGCCCGAAAAGACAGUACAGUGUGACCAAUGUCCCGCCCGAUUCAAGUCUGUCACACUGAUGCGUAUACAUAAGAAUCGUCACCGUGUCCCUGCGUUUCGUUUCCGUUGCGAUUUGUGCGGUAACACUUUCGCGCGUCGCCGCAAUGUUGCGCGUCAUCUCACCAGCGUGCACAGAUCGACGCCCGACCCGAAGCAUAUACAGCGAAUGAAGAUAUAGCAACACUUCCUUAAGUUGGAAUCACCCCUUGAUGUUCCAAAAUAUAUGUAAUAGUCCAUUUUAUCGCAAAAAGGGGUAGGAAUUUCGGAAUGAGAUAAUGAUUUAGAAACUU